UUUUAUUUUUCCCCAUUUUAGCCAUUUCCUUCACCUGUAUAUCCAUUUUCCUCGAGAAACGUGCAGAAAAAAAAAAACAAAGAGCAUUUCUUCCUUGUCAUCUUUCCUCCAAAAACAAAGAGCAUUUCCAUGUUUUUGGAAAUGUUUGGUAGCCAUGGUAAAUUUGUCAAAACUACGUCUACCUAAAAUUUAUUGGUUAGAUUUGUUAUGCUUUUAAAGUUUUUAGUUGUUUAAGUUAUGCGUCUGCCCUCUUCAAAGCCAUAUUUUUAGAGGCAGGUUCCCCAUGCGUCUCUAUGAAGACGCAUCUCCGUUAAGCUUUUCAUUAAAAAGAGACGCACUCUCCCAAAGGCGGAAUAAAAAAAAGUUCAGUACACUUGAGGAAUGUUAAGUGUAGUACUAAAAUAAAAAAAGAAAAACCCAUAUAUACACACGGAAUUAGAAUGUUUGUAUAGUUUCUAAAAAAAUAAUCAAUGGAUCUUUACUGUGGUGCUUCAACAGACGUGUCAUCUUAUCCUCUCUAAAGUCAAGGUGUCGUAAUAAAACAAUAGAUUAUGAUAGAUCUCCAGUCCCCAAAUUUGACCAAAUCUAAGCGAUUGACUAAGAUCUUUAAAUUUGAUGCAGCGAACAAACCCCUAAAUUAAACUGAUAUGGAAACCACUUAUCUUUCAUUCCUCUUCAUUCUCAUCGCUGCCGCUGCCGCCGAAGCCCCACCCCCGGUACUCGACAUCGCCGGGAAGCAGCUCCUCGCAGGAGCAGACUACUACAUCCUCCCCGUCAUUCGGGGCCGCGGCGGAGGCCUGACCCUCGCGGCCACCGGCAACGAAACCUGCCCUCUCGACGUCGCCCAAGAGCGGCAAGAAGUGAAGAACGGCCUCCCACUAAGCUUCCGCCCCACCAAUGCCAAAAAGGGGGUAAUCAGAACUUCAACUGAUCACAACAUCAAAUUCUCCGCUGCCUCAAUCUGUGUUCAGUCCACAGUUUGGAAGCUGCAUUUCGAUGAAUCCAUCCAAAAUUACACUAUCACCACAGGAGGAGCUGAGGGGAAUCCGGGGCGUGAAACCAUAAGCAAUUGGUUCAAGAUUGAGAAAUUUGAUGAGGAUUAUAUGCUUGUCUUCUGCCCUACUGUCUGCAAUUACUGCAAAGUUAUAUGCAAACAAGUUGGGAUUGUUGUUCAACAUGGACUCAGGCGUUUGGCUCUCACUGAUUCUGCACCUUUCAAAUUUAUGUUCAAGAAGGCAUAAUUAAUCAAAUGUUUGUCGUUUUAUUUUCUGGUAGGAAGAUAUCAUCAACUAAGUUUUCUUAAGAAAAGCUCAUCUUUAUGCAAAAAUUUAUUGGAUAUAAGUAGUAUUUUAUAUUGUGGAAUGAAUCCAAAUUUGACCAUCUUUA